AUGGGAUGUGUCAGCUAUGUGGGGUGGGUCAAGUUCCUGGUAGCUGAAGGGACCCCAGUAUUUCCUCACACUUUUCCCUGUUGCCCUCUCCUGAACAGAUUUGACCGCACGUUGGGGGGCCUGGAGAUGGAGCUCCGGCUGCGUGAGCACCUGGCUGGGCUUUUCAAUGAACAACGCAAGGGCCAGCGAACAAAGGACGUGCGGGAGAACCCCCGUGCCAUGGCCAAGCUGCUCCGUGAGGCAAAUCGACUCAAAACUGUCCUGAGUGCCAAUGCUGACCACAUGGCACAGAUCGAGGGCCUCAUGGAUGAUGUGGACUUCAAGGCGAAAGUGACUCGAGCAGAGUUUGAAGAGCUGUGUGCAGACUUAUUUGAGCGGGUGCCCGGGCCUGUGCGGCAGGCCCUCCAGAGUGCUGAAAUGAAUCUGGAUGAGAUCGAGCAGGUGAUCCUGGUGGGUGGGGCCACUCGGGUCCCCAGAGUUCAGGAGGUGCUGCUGAAGGCUGUGGGCAAGGAGGAGCUGGGGAAGAACAUCAAUGCGGACGAAGCCGCCGCUAUGGGGGCUGUAUACCAGGCAGCUGCGCUCAGCAAAGCCUUCAAGGUGAAGCCGUUUGUCGUCCGAGAUGCAGUGAUCUACCCCAUCCUGGUGGAGUUCACAAGGGAGGUGGAGGAGGAGCCUGGGGUUCGCAGCCUGAAACAUAAUAAACGUGUCCUCUUCUCUCGGAUGGGGCCCUACCCUCAACGCAAAGUCAUUACCUUUAACCGCUACAGCCAAGAUUUCAACUUCCACAUCAACUAUGGUGACCUGGGCUUCCUAGGGCCCGAAGAUCUACGCGUAUUUGGCUCCCAGAAUCUGACCACAGUGAAGCUGAAAGGGGUGGGUGAGAGCUUCAAGAAGUAUCCGGACUACGAGUCCAAGGGCAUCAAGGCUCACUUCAACCUGGACGAGAGCGGUGUGCUCAGCCUAGACAGGGUGGAGUCUGUGUUUGAGACACUGGUGGAGGACGGUCCAGAAGAGGAAUCUACUCUGACCAAACUUGGCAACACAAUCUCCAGCCUGUUUGGAGGUGGUACCACACCAGAUAGUAAGGAGAAUGGUACUGACACUGUCCAGGAGGAAGAGGAAAGCACUGCCGAGAGAAGCAAGGAUGAGCCCGGAGAGCAGACUGAGCUCAAGGAGGAGGCUGAGGCCCCAAUGGAGGAUACAUCUCAGCCCCCACCCCCCGAGCCUAAGGAUGAUGCAGUUCCUGGGGGUGAAAAGGCCGCAGAAAAAGAAAAUGGGGAAGAGUUUGAGGCCCCGAAGCCGAGUGAGAAAAAAGAGGCAGGGUCUGAGGGUGUCCCUCCAGCCCCAGAGGAAGAAAAGAAGCAGAAGCCUGCCCGGAAGCAGAGGGUGGUGGAGGAGAUUGGGGUGGAGCUGGCCCUCCUGGACCUGCCAGACCUGCCCGGGGAUGAGCUGGCCCGCUCGGCGCAGAAACUUCAGGACUUGACGCUCCGAGACCUAGAGAAGCAGGAACGGGAGAAAGCUGCCAACAGCUUGGAAGCGUUCAUCUUUGAGACCCAGGACAAGCUGUACCAGCCCGAGUACCAGGAAGUGUCCACCGAGGAGCAGCGUGAGGACAUCUCUGGGAAACUCAGCGCUGCUUCCACCUGGCUGGAGGACGAGGGCUUUGGGGCCACCACAGGGAUGUUGAAGGAGAAGCUGACUGAGCUGAGGAAGCUGUGUUAUGGCUUGUUUUUCCGGGUGGAAGAACGAAAGAAGUGGCCCGAGCGUCUCUCUGCCCUCGAUAAUCUCCUCAACCAUUCCAGCAUGUUCCUCAAGGGGGCCCAGCUCAUCCCAGAGAUGGACCAGAUCUUCACCGAGGUGGAGAUGACAACGUUAGAAAAAGUCAUCAACGAGACCUGGGCCUGGAAGAAUGCAACCAUGGCUGAGCAGGCCAAGCUUCCUACCACGGAGAAGCCUGUGCUGCUCUCAAAAGACAUCGAGGCCAAGAUGAUGGCCCUGGACCGCGAGGUGCAGUAUCUCCUCAAUAAGGCGAAGUUUGCCAAGCCCCGGCCCCGGCCCAAGGACAAGAAUGGCACCCGGGCAGAGCCUCCCCUCAAUGCCAGUGCCAGUGAGCAGGGGGAGAAGGUCAUCCCUCCUCCAGGCCAGACUGAAGAUGCAAAGCCCAUUUCAGAACCCGAGAAAGAGACCGGAUCUGAACACACUGACGCCGAACCUCUGGAGUUAGGGCCAGGAGCAGGCGAGAAGUCGGAACAGAAGGAGCAGCCCACAGGACAGAAGCAAACUCUGAAGAAUGAUGAGCUAUAACCCCACCUCCUGUGCCCGUUCACCCCAUGCCCUUCUCCUGUCACCUCUAUUUAUUAAACAUCUCGGGUCCGGGGAGGGUGGGUCCUGCCCCUGCCCUCCAAGGCUUCGGUUCCUUUUGUCUCACCAGUGAGUGGAGAUGGGGAGGAGGGGAAGGAAGGGGCGGCUCACCAGUUCCUUCUGAAGUCGUUCUGUGGUUAAAACUGAAAUUGUUCUGUUCCCGGUCCCACUGCCUGAUUCCCUACCCAUCCAGGCCCUAAUUUGGGAAAAAUCACUGUUAUGUCUUAAUUCUUUGCCGGUGGGUAGAUGAGAGAAUGGCCGUCAGUGGUUGGCAGACUGGGAGUGGGAAGGGUGUCCCCGGGUGUUCGAGUCUCCAGGCCCCCCUGGUCAUUCUUCCCUCCUCUCUUCCACCACGGUCACGCGGGGCCAGCAUCUGCAGAGCCUUGGUCUCCAGGUUUGGUUUCUGAGUGCCUAUUGAUGCUCUUUUUUUCCCAAUGUUCUUGCCCUAAAAACCCUCAUCCCCAUUGAUUCCUCUUCCCAGGGGUUUCCUUGGCUUCCUGUUCCAAGUUAGGCAGGUCUCUGCCUCUUGCCCAAGGCCCUGCCAUCUGGACUGGCUGAAAAAUCUAGAUAGAUUCCCACUGGCACAUUCACCCCUCGCUCGCCAGAAUAGGCAGGGAGGAAGUGCUGAAGGGAGUCCAGCCACCUCUAUAGGGAGUGAGACGUGGAAACCCGCUAGGGGUCCCACCUGUGGAAACCUUGGCCAGGGAAGCUGCCUGGAGUGGCCGGCUUGGGCUGCCGGCCUGUGCAGACACUGUCAGAAUCCACGUGUCCCCAGUGGUGCGGUGCUCUGCAUCGCUUUGUCCACCUGCCCUUUCUCCUUUGUUCUGCGCUCCUGGACUUAGCCUUGCCCUUGGCCCCCUGGCCCGUGGGCUGACCACAAUGUGCUUUCUACUGUGAGCCCCUGUCCCCAGACCCUAGGAAAGGGAGAGACUGGUGUGAAUGUAAAAAUGCCACCUCACUCUCUGAGGCAGGCCCUGGGGCGCAGGAAGAGGGGACUGGCCUGCCUGCCAUUCAUGUGCUGCUCUGCCAGGAUGGUGCUUUGCACCGCGCUGACGCUGGGGAGCCUGUCCUCCGGUGUUUCCAUCUGUAGCAGGAGCCAGGGCUGCCACCCAGCUCCCAGGGCAAGGGGAGCCUGCUUGUGUCUGUCUUUUGUCUUUUUCUCCUCUUUUUUUUUUUUUUUUUUUU